UUUUGUCCAAUCUGUUGAACUUGACACUUCUACGGAGGAGAAAACGGAGAGAGAACCGGGUUGUUGUACUGUUUCUCUGGUCCGGUUUCUAUCAGUUUUUGGUUUUGACAGUUGUGUAAGUAGCGGCUCCUCUGUUCGCUUCGUCUGGACCGACUAAACUCCGCGCUGACAGACAGAAACAUGGAGAUAGAGAAGGAAGUGAAGAAGAUGACCCUCGGACACGAGUUUGGCGCUGGAGCAGCCUGUUUGAAAUGCAAGGACAAGUGCGAAGGCUUUGAGCUGCAUUUCUGGAGAAAAAUCUGCCGCAACUGUAAAUGUGGCCUCACAGAGCACAACGUGCAGAUGAACUCGGAGGAGAACAAGAAGGUAGGCAAGCUGUUCGAGGACACCAAGUACACCGGCCUCAUCGCCAAGCUGAAGACGGACGGCAUCCCCAGCUACCAGGGCAACAUGAUUACCAUCACUCUGCCCAGCCCUGCCACUGCUUACGUUAUACCGCCGAGUGCUUCUUCCACUCUGGUGCCCCCCUCUGCCACAGCUGGUUCUGUACAGCCUGCUGUAGCUGCUGCAGGUACAACACCCAACAGGGAUCAGGCUCAGGCUCAGGCUCAGGCUCAGGCUCAGGCUCAGGCUCAGGCUCAGCCUGUACCAGCCAGCAUCACACCUGUCAAGGCUAACAAAGUGCCAGUUGCUGUCAGUGCCACAUCAGCCAAUGUGGUACCAGUCCCCAAAGAUGUGCCAAUGAAGUCUGUCACCUAUGAGUGGGCACCACCAGUAGCCAAUAAGUAUCUGGCGGCACGUUACAUUGAGCUGCUCCCACCAGAGAAACGUCCAGUGGCCGGUACAGAGGGAGCUGCUUACCGUCGGCAGCAGAUGGCCUGUCAGCUGCCCGAACACGACCAGGACCCGUCCAAGUGCCAUGAGCUGAGCCCCGCCGAGGUCAAGCAAAUGCAGCAGUACGUCCGCAAGUACAAGGACGAGGCCCUGGGGGUCGGAGAUGUUAUGCUGCCUGAAGAGAUGGCUCUCGCUCAGGCAGGAGGGCAGGGUGGAGCUGGUGUUGGGGCUGGAGGGGCAGGGUUUGGACCUGGGGUUGGUACACCUGGAGCUGGUGUUGGGGCUGGGGCCGGUGGUGGAGCUGGAGGGGCUGGGUUUAGACCAGGAGUUAGUGGUGCUGGAGCUGGUUCUGGGCCAGGGGCUGCAGGCCCUGGUGUUGGGCCUAUGGCUGGGGCUGGAGUUGGUACUGGCUUUGGACCUGGAGCAGGGGGUAGCGGAGCUGUAGCUGGUGGUGCUGGACCACCUUCAGGUCCUGGGGCUGGACUUGGGCCAGCUGGAGGAGCCAUGGGUACUGCUGCCACUGCUGGAGCCAUUGGCGUCCCUGGAGCUCAGCAAGCUGGACUACCACAACAGACCUUUUCAUGCCAUCACUGCCAGCAGCCCAUGCGUCUGGGCGAGCCAGCUGUCUAUGCUGAGCGGGCCGGCUAUGACAAGAUGUGGCACCCAGCAUGCUUUGUGUGUUGUACCUGCAGCGAACUCCUGGUGGAUAUGAUCUACUUUUGGAAGAAAGGCAAGCUGUACUGUGGACGCCACUAUGGAGACAGCGAGAAGCCACGCUGCGGAGGCUGUGAUGAGCUGAUCUUCAGUAAUGAGUACACUCAGGCUGAGGGCCAGAACUGGCAUCUGAAGCACUUCUGCUGUUUUGACUGUGACUGCAUCCUUGCCGGAGAGACGUAUGUUAUGGAGAAUGACAAGCCUGUCUGCAAGCCCUGCUACAUGAAGAACUAUGCCGUGAAAUGCUCAGCCUGCCAGGAUGCGGUAGAGCCCGAGGCCCAGAGGGUUUCCUACGGCGAGCACCACUGGCACGCCGAGCCGCAGUGCUUCAAAUGCUCUGGAUGCUCCAAGUGCCUGAUCGGCCAGCGCUUCAUGGCAUUGCAGGGCUUCCUUUUCUGCUCUUCGGAGUGCAAGAAGAAAACCGUGGCUUAGAGGGCCAAAACAACUCCCUCCAUCUUCUCGACAACUACCUGUGAAACCAGGACAGAUUGAGCUUAGACUAGAACCAGAGCAGGGGAAACAAACACUGGAGCAGUUGGAUGAGGGCAGAGAUGAUGGACUGUAGUUGUGUUAACAAAAAUAUGUGUGCCUGAAACCUCUAAUAUAGAGAUGUACAAUAAUAGUGAGUCCAUGUACAUUUGGGUACUCUUUUCCUACUGUUAAUGGAAGACCACGGUAUUGAUAAGUUUGUCUCGGCUAGACACCUAAACUUCUACCUUCUAGUUUGUCCUAUGCCUUAAAAUCAGCGGUCUUCUUUCAACUUCUUUUGUUGCUUUUCUUGCACUGUUUUUUCUUACUGAUGAGAUUAAUUUUUGUAUUGGUUGGAGGUGGUGCUUCCUUCAUACAAAAAACUACUGAUAUUCACUCUCCCCUAUGCAGCAAUCUGACAAGCAAUAUUAGCCAGGUUUGGGGUUGAUUUGCUUCUAGUGCACUGUAUUGCAGAUCACACUGAAAUCAAAUAAUAUUAUUUUCAAUCAAAUCAUUAUGCAUCAGUUUGUUUGUUUUUUUUCUUUGAUUUAAGGAUUUCGACUUCCUGAAUUUAGGUGAGAGUUGUGGAAGUAAAUUGCCCCAAAUCUGAUAACAGUGCAUUUUGCCAUAAGCAGCUUCUUACUAUAGCUGCUCUAUCGUCCAAUGAGGUGUAUAGUAGUAUUUUCAGAAUAUUUUAGGGGAACAAAACAAUGUGAAAACCUUCCAGUAUACAUCGCCAGUAACCAGUUUAUGUGGUAUACCUCUACAAACUAUUGCUAUCCAAACAACAGCCCUGUGAUUAAGUGGUGGUAUAUAGACAAGUCUCCCUUGUGUAUGUUAAUGUGGAUAAACAAAGUGCACAAAGAAUAUGGAUUAUUACAAGGAUGUUGGAUUGUUUUCGCUUUUAUCUAAUGAAUUGGUAACCCUGUGUAAUGCAGUUCAAUCCAAUACAAUAACACUUUAAACUAUAUCCUCAGAAAAUGCUGUAGAAUUUUAUAUAUAAAAAUUCAGUAUAACUAAAAGGGAAAACGCUGAACAAACCAAUCACUGAGUGUAGAAAAGAUGUAUUCCCCCUCUGUAAUCACUUAGAAAUUGGCAGAGAAGUUAAUAAAUGGUUUUUCAUCCAAUUCUACUUCUAUCAUCCAUGGGGCUCCUGAUGGAUAUAAACACUGUAAAGUUGUUGUAUAGGAAUAAUGGCAGGUUUGCUAUGGUGCCCAAGGAUUUGAUGAAUUCAGGAAAAACACUGGAAAUUGCUUCACAUAAAACCAUUUUGUGUCACUAUUUUUGUGCCAUAUGCUUUCUUUUUCAUGCAAUAAACUGCACUUUAAGUGA